AGACGCGACAGCGCUCGUGCACGUCUGUAGCUCGCGUUCUCCUCAAGUCAGAAACUCCGUUAUAAUCACGCGAAAUCAGCAUAGUUUCACUAUUCAGACGGAUAUUUUCAUAAUUCAUACGGAGUUAAUGAACACGAUGUCUGCGUUUCGACCUACACUGGUGUGAAGGCUCUGUGGAGUUUUGAAUCAGACGGAGAUUAGAGAUGCCCAGAGCGUCUCAUCUCCUCCUGCACUCAGUGAAAUUAAGCCGUAAUCCCUUCAGUGGCCUGCUGCUCUUCCUGUGUAACACCUUGGAGAACCAGAGCUGAAGGACUCGCUCACACCAGGCCAGUGUGACAGGACACUGCAGGAGUCAACGUUGUGUUCAGAGGAUCAUCUGAAGCCUCUCUGAAGAGGAGUCCAGCUCUUUAGGAACAGUAAGAGCAUCUGGAUGUUCACUCGUCACUCUCUCCGGCAUGGCUGACCUCUGGAUUAAACCGCCUCUCCAGGAAUUAGAUUUGUGGUCUGCUGGAUUCCCGUGGAGCAGUCAGAAGCGUUAUGGAGUUUAGUUCAUAUAAUCCGAGUGUCCCGAUCUCUAUGUGGUGUGGUCUGCUGGAGGCCUGCGUCGCUGUGCUCUAGUGAAGUCCACACCGCUGCAGAAAUGCUCCAGACAAAUAACUACUCGCUGGUGCUGCUGAUCCAGCUGGCUCUGCUCACCUUCGACCUGUUCGUCAACUCCUUCAGCGAGCUGCUGCGGUCCGCGCCGGUCAUCCAGCUCGUGCUCUUCAUAAUCCAGGACAUCGGGAUCCUGUUUAACGUGAUCAUCAUCCUCCUGAUGAUGUUUAACACGUACGUCUUUCAGGUGGGGCUGGUGUCGCUGUUACUGGAGCGCUUCAGAGCCAUGCUGAUGCUGUCUGCUCUCUACCUGACCCUCAGCAUCUGCUUCCACUGCUGGGUCAUGAACCUGCGGUGGAUGGAGUCCAAUCGGUUCGUGUGGACGGACGGCCUGCAGGUUCUCUUUGUGUUUCAGAGAAUCGCUGCUGUGUUGUAUUACUACUUCUACAAACGCACAACCGAGUAUCUUGGAGACCCCAGACUUUACGAGGAUUCUCCGUGGCUCCGUGAUGCUUUCGCAAGAGCGAGACAGUGAGGAGAGUGAGGAGAAACCCAAAUGAUGCUCAAGGGAUGCUAACAUUGCACAUUUAUUCCACAAAACUCUCAAGCUUUUCAGGAGACCAAACUGAUAAUGGACUCGUUCAGAGCCUCUCCAGAUUAAACAGAGGAAGGAGCAGAGGAAAGAAGAGCAACGAGAGGUAAAGCAGAUCAUGAAAGGUCUACAAUCAUGUUUUAAUCACAGCAAAAAUGAUCUUAAUGCCUCCACCAGGUGUAAAGCUACACUUAGUACUGCAGUUUUGUCUUCAUGACAGGGUUAGUUCACUCAAAAAUGAAAAUUAUCCCGUGAUUUACUCACUUUCAAGGGCAUACUAGGGGUGAACAUGACUUUCUACGUUCAUUUGAAUUCAAUUAAGAGCUAUAUUAAAAAUGAUCAUUAGAUUUUCCAGCUCUACAAUGGCAACGGGAAGGUGUUUUUCUUCAGAAGUCCAAUAAAAUGCAUCUAUCGAUGAAAAUAAGUGCCUCAUGUGGCCAUGUGAGCUGAAUAAAAGUCUCCUGUAGGGAAUCCAUGCAUAUUUGUAAGAAAAAUAUAUAAUUAGAACUUAAAAUAAUCAUUUUUGUAUAACUUUCGUGAAAUGAUUGAGUGCAGCGCCAUCUGUAGUUCAUACAAAGCAACUGUAGUACCAUUAUAAUGGCGUUAUUUGAAUAAAAAUGGUGUUGCUCGUUAAAAAUACACUUCCAUCUUCAUUUAUUAUUUGAGAGCAUUAUUUUGGUACAUUAAGCGCCAUCAUCUUGACAGGUGUGUGUUUUGUUUGUCUCUUUUCACUGCGCUUUUUCUACUUUACACUCGAGAGUUUAAAAAAAAAUAGACUCCUGUCCAGCAGAUGGCGCUAAUGCACCAAAAAAAUGCACCUCAAUGACAGAAGAAGACAACUUCUGCUGGUAGUUUCUCAAAACCGUUUAUAAAGUUUUAAAUAUGGAUAUUUCUCUAACAAUAAAACACAGAUUUGCUAAAGAAGUUCUUUAUUCAUCUACCAAAGCGGCAUGAGGUCAGUUUUUAUUAUAGAUUCUGCAUUUUAUUGGACGACUAAAGGAAAACGUGCCAUUAUAGAGCUGGAAAAGCCCAAGGUAAGUUUUAAUAUCACUCUGACUGGGUUCGAAGAAAACGAAGAACGUCAUGUAGACUCCUAGCAUGCUUUAAGUGUGAGGAAAUAAUCUGAUCAUUUACAUUUGUGUGAACUAACCCUUUAGCUACUGGUUUCAUAGAUAUCUUGUUGUGUAUCGAUUAGUGGCUAAUGCUAAGAUGUGUUGUAAUGUCUGGAGCAGCGUUUGUACAUUUGAGUCACGAGAGUUUGCCUUUGAAAAGACUAAGAGUGGAAUCAGGACUAUGGAGUUGUUUUAUAUACCGACCAAUUCCUUUUUUUUUAAUUUGCAAUAUUUUCAUCCUCCAAACGUGACGCGUAUUUUUAGUAAAUUGUUGACGGAGCAUCAACAAAGUGCCUCACGGUUUUCACCCAACACUACGCAGAGCGUCAGCGCACUGGUUAUGCUGAAAUUGUGAUUUUAUUGGUCUGUCGCUGCUGAUGUUGUUAUAAUAAACCUUUUUCAUUCGA